UGCGCGGUGAUGGUGCGCGGCGGCGCGUGCGGCGGUAACCAGCAUGGCGGACGACAACACCAUCAUCGAGGGUACCGUCAAGUUCCGCGACGGCAAGAAGUGGAAGUCGAGGUGGUGCGUGAUGAGGAAGCUGUCGCCCGUCGCUGACUGCGUGCACCUGCAGGUGUACCGCGACUCGAAGGCGCGCUGGGGCGGCGCGGCCAGCAAGGCGUCGCUGUCGCUGCAGCAGUACCUGGGCUGCGAGGCGGGCUUCACCCUCGACAAGCACUCGCACACGCUGGCGCUGCUCUGCGCUGACUUCACCGCCGUGCUCGCCUUCGAGACGCGCGAGCGGCUCAUCCAGUGGCAGGUGAAGGUUAACGGUCACCUGGGCGAGGCGCGGCAGUACCUGGUGGUGGUGGGCGCGGGUAGCGCAGGCAAGCUGGCGGCCGGGCCGGCGCGCCUCACGCUGCACCAGCGCCGCUUCGCGCUCACCGCCGGCGUGCCGCCCAAGCUGCUCGGUGUGUGGGAGAUUGGACACCUUAGACGUUAUGGAGUCGUGGAAGGACGAUUUUGCUUCGAAGGUGGCUCGCACUGCGGCAAAGGUGAAGGCCUGCACGUGCUUGUGUCGGAUCAAGCGGCCGAUAUUGUUAGAGACUUUGAUCUCGCUUCGAGAGGACAGCUGUCUCCAAAACGUAGACCUUUCCUAUUUAAGAAAAAUAACGGUAUUGAAAGUCCGAAGUCACAGAAAGCAUUCCGAUCAGAUGUGCGGUUAGAAUUAAACACCAUUGAUCGAUCACUACCUCCAACUGACCUGCGCUUAUACGAAGAUCCGUGUAUUGGUGACGAAACGGGCGCUAUUUCUCCAUAUUGGCCAUCAGCCGAGAGAUCUAAUUAUGACGAUAACAUGGGACUCGGAGAUACAGCGUCAGUUAAUGAAAUGGGAGACGGCACGGACAACACUCCGUGGAGUGGCAAUGCUAAUGUGAUGUUGGAAAGAUGCAUGAGUUGCAUUUCAAAACUAGGAGCUUUAUCUAGAUCUUCGACUGCAGCCCUCACACCUGGUGCCAAACAUUUCAGUCCAGCUUGGACGAUGGAGGAAGUAGAUGAAGGUCGCAGUGACGUUGUUACGGAUGAAAUGGUGCGCAGCACUGACAAGCUCCCUAGAUUUGUAUCUAAGACUGAACAAGUUUGCCGUUGCAGUGUGGAACGAGUACCUGAUCGUCCACCGAAACCAACAAAAUUAGACUUAAAAUUAACAAGAAAACCUCCAAUGCCCUUACCAGUUAGAUCAUUUAGUCAUGCUCAUUUAUCGUCUAUACAAGAAAAUUCAUCUUCUAAAAUAGGACCGUAUGAAAAUUAUGAUGUGCCAAAAAUACCAUCAGCAGAGGUUGAUGGAGAAUACUACGAUACACCAAAAAGGCUAAAAGAAUGUUUAGAUAAAGAUUUAUUUAAAAUGACUAAGAGCGCUUCUGCUCAUGCUAUAGUUUUAAAGAAGCCUUGUGGAUGUUUAUUAAAGUUUGGUAAAAAACCAAAGCAACCGACAGUGAUAGAUACUGAUGAAAGUUUUCAACCAUCUAACUGUCCGUGCCAAAAAGUUACAGCUUGGGCCAACAACUGGAUCAAGCUGCCCUAUUGCAACAAAGCUCCAGAAAAUGAUAGCCCUUUACCAAACAAAGAAAAUGUCAAACCAAGCAUUACUGAUAGAAACGCUUUAUACGCUACGAUAGACCUUUCCAGAAAAACAAGAAGAAAAUCGCUUCAUCAAGAAUUCGCAACGCCAUCAAACGAAUGUGUAAAGAGAAGCUUUGAAACUCCUGAGAUAGACGAAGGCCCGCUUGCGAAUUAUGAAAACUUAAAUUUUGCUUUAUCUUUGGAACAUUAUGAGAACGCUAAAGACCUUUUAAAGAGAGCGGGAGUGACGCAACACGAAUUGGAUGCGCUCAGUGCUAAUCUCAAUCCACUAGUCGCAUUAAAAACGGAAAAAGACAAAUCAAUGUGUACAAAGUGUGGCCAUCCACAAGAAAAAGGGGAAAAUCGAAAAUCAUCCAACGACGAAUAUCUAAUGAUGGAACCUAAUUCGAUCGAAAGUAAUAAAUUCGACCGGGAUAAAUCUCUGCCGUCCGGCUACACGCCCAUGUCGCCAAUCGGUGGAUUCGCGUUUCACACGUUGAAGCAUCAUCCGAAGAGCGCUAUAAAUCGACUUCUGGAUGAAAAAUCUGCGAGCAACCCGACACUGUGCGUUUCGGAAGAAUCGAGACAGACGAACGCAUCGAUUGGGGACCGCGUCGAACUGAGAGCGCCCCACGAGAGAGCGGAGUACCGCAAGCGCUCAAGUUCAGCGGAUUCGUCGCGCUUCCUCGAGGACGUGAAGGAAUUCGACGGCAGCGUCGGCAGUCGCGGGUCAGCGUCGUCGAUCGAAACCUUGCGGGACAUCGGGGCGCGCGAAACGGGUGCCGCGUGCGACUGCGCGACCGGCAAGCACUCGGACGCGGAGAGCUCGGAGGCGUCCAAGACGAAGGGCGCGGCGGCCACGGCGGGCGGCAACCGCGACUCGUCGAGCUCGAACGACUCGGGCGUGUCGAGCUGGUCGCUGCGCGGCGAGGCGCCGGGCGAGGCGGCGGGCGCGGCCGGCUUCGAGCUGCCGGCCACCACGGCGGCGGCGCGGCGCCGCUACCGCAGCAUGCGGCGCGCCGCCUCGCCGCCCGCCGCGCCGCCGCGCCGCUCGCGCUCGUCCGGCGCCGCGCGCGCCGCGCCGCCCGACACGCACAAGUGCUGCUCCGCCGAGGCCGAGGUGCCCGUGCUCACCAAUAAGCCUCUCAGAGGCGUGGUGGACACGCACAGCACGUCCAGCGGCACGUCGGAUAUGUCGGACUACAUCGAGACGCUCUCCAUUUGCUCUUCACAUUCCUCUUCGGACACACCGGUUACUAUGCGCGUGGUGCGGCAGACGACGAGCACGCUGCGGCCGCGCUCGGGCAAGGAGUACCAGCCGCUGGCGCCGCGCCUGGCCGCCGGCCUGCGCGCGCACACACUCGCACACGCGCCCGUACACGAGCACGCCCGCGCGCACACACUCGCACACGCGCCCGUACACGAGCACGCCCACGCGCACACACUCGCACACGCGCCCGUACACGAGCACGCCCGCGCGCACACACUCGCACACGCGCCCGUACACGAGCACGCCCGCGCGCACCCCUGCACCCCGCACAACAACCUGCCCUAG